AUGACGCUCCCUGACCUCCCUCUUCGAUGCUUGAGCUCAGCUGAGUCGCGCACUACCACUGAUGUUGUCAGUGGAUGCAACACCAUUAUUGAUUUUUGGACCACAAAAUGCACUCGCUGUCCCGAUGCUCUGGAUAAACUCGACAAAAUGGCACAAGAUCCUCAAUAUAAGGAGGUUAAAUUCAUUUCCAUCUGUUGUGAUCAGUUGGAUGGAGCGAGGGAGAUUAUUGAGAAAGACGACAAUCCGCGAUGGAGUCACAUGGCUCACUACUUUAUGGAACCAAACGACAAAGAAACCGCAAAGAAAGUGUUGGGAUUCAAGUCUGUUCCUUUUUAUGUCGUUUUGGACAAUACCGGGAACAUUGUGCAAAAGGGGGGAGCCUCAAAAGUUGACUUGGACAAUGUUCCAGGCAAGUUGGUGAUGGAAGAGAACAAGGAGAAUUCAAAGCCUGAUCAAAAAAUCGCUGAAGCUCCCGAAGAACGAGUUUUCGUGCUCGACGAUCUGGAAUUUUAA